AUGGACGCCAUCGCAUCGCUCGACUCGUUGAUAAAGGCAAUUUACUUGAUGUAUAAGAGCGAUCCUCAAUUCCUGAGUCAGAGCUUUGAAGCAUCCAAGGACUCGAACUAUAGCAAGAGCAUCUUUACACUUUUCGACGUUUUCUUUCGUUAUCUAUCGAAAGUGGAGCGAUUGAAAUGGACAGACAAACUACAAAAUGCUAAAAAGCAGAUAGAUAAUGCAGAUGAGAAUACCGAUUGGAAAUUGAUUAGAGAUGAUAUUAACAAGUUCAAACAUUGGGUCGCCAAGAUCCAUGAGACUGGAGGAAUACCUCAGUAUGAUUUGAAGAAUAUCACGAGCACAAUCGACUCCUGGGUCAUUUCUCUCGACGACAAGAAACGUUCCUUUAAUAAGAAGAAGUUUAGGUUCAGCUAUAAGCCAAGUCGCGAUAAUAGAUUGUCCUAUGUCGAGUCUUCACAGUCUUCGACUUUUGGCACGCCAACUAUUUAUGGGAAAGACGGAAUUAAGUGUGUUAUCGAAAAGACACAUCAGGGAGUGUUUCUUUCUGAGAUCAAGAAUUCGAUAAUAGUAAUUCCCGCAGAUAUGGUUGCCGGAGCUGUUACUAUGAAUAACUGCAGGGGCUCAUUAUUUGUGAUACAUUCCGAGUCGUUCCUAUACGCAGAAGAGCUGAGAAACUGUAUCAUAAUUGGAAGAGCUCACCAGAUGAGACUGCACAAAUCUAAAGGUGUUUACCUCGACAUUCAGAUCGAGAGCACAGUCAAUAAAAUCAUUAUUGAAGAAUCAACGUCCAUCAAAUUCGUUGACGGUCGCAAUGUCGAAAUAGAUGACUUUAGUGAGCCUUCGAAAAAGCCUGUCAAUUACACUAUGGUGGACAAGCUGGUGAACGAGGCGGCAGUUGCUGAAACUCAGCUCGAAUCGCUUUCGAGCCUACUCAAAUCCAUAAUAUAA